AUGGCGGGGAGGACAUGCGAGGGCAACGAUUCUAGUCUGCACAGUAGCGCUGCCUCUGUCUCCCUUGUGCAUGCGAGCAGAGACGGUGUGGAAGGAAAGUUGGACGGGCGAGGUCGGCAUGCUUCAUCACAUGGAGGGGUCGUCUCAGAUCUAUCGGAAGAGGAUACCCUCCAAGAGCCUCUGCCGAGCACGAGGAGGGGGCAGGGGCGGAUGUUUUGCAGCAACCAUGUGUUCCAGAUCAAGAUGGAGACGAGCGGGAAGCUCAAGAACGUGGCUGGGUUUGUGACGAAGCUCCGGUCGAGGACACAGCCUGUCACUCACGAGGGAGUGCGAGGGAGAGUCGUCAUGGUGGAGCUCUGCUUGCAUGUUUCAGCACGAGCUGACUUGGUUGCGGAGCAGGUAGUCUCGCUGGAAGAGAAGUUAGCUGUCGCCCUGUGCGAGCUCGGGGCUGCUGCUGUUGUAACAAAACAAAGUCCCAAGGAUGAGAUCACAACCAUGAUGAGCAUUCCAUGGAUUCACAUGAUAUCAAGGGACUUUGACGUGAUAGAUGAUGGUAGCUUCAUCCGAGCUCGCUUCCAAGGAACAGAGUCCAACGAUGCGACGAGCUUCGAUGCAAGACCUCGAGGCAAGUCGAGGAUGCAACGCGCGUUUUACCUCUUCGACUCCGACUCUGACAGUGACGCUGGCGAGCCGAUGGAGGCUGCUGACUCCAAACUCUCCUUCCAAGAGAUGUCGAGAACCGACUCCAUGGGCUCUUUCAACAUGUUCCCCAACGACUCGACGAUAAUCAACUCUCACACCCUCGGUGAGUCCGGGUUGAAGCCUCAGCCUGAAGUGCGGGCCCAGCAGGGAAAGCCCAACUUCGAGAUUCUGUUCGAUGGGCUGGUGUCGGAGGACGUGGCAACGAGGGAGAGACACCUGCUGAUCCUGGAGGAGACUUGCAACCGCAUCGAGCAGGAAGGGAAGAAACUUUUCCUCUCCCUCAUCAUCGAGAACCGUCAAGUUGUCGUGGCGCUCUGGAACUUCUUGGCGCAGGACUCAUCGGUCGACAUCAAGAGGUCUGCGCUGAAAGUCUUGAGGUACUUGUCCUUCACCAACCACCCGGAGAAGACCUGCCCUGAGAACGGAAGGAGGCUGGAAGAACUUGCAUCGCUCCUCCUCGGAUGUUCUGAUGACGACGUGAAGCAAUCCGCCGCCUGUCUCAUCGCCAACCUCGCGGUCUCCAAGGAGUUCCUGUCGCAACUCUCGCACCGAGACAGCAUCAUCAGGGGCCUCUGCAGCCUGCUCUUCACCUGCAACAACGCAUGCAUUGACUCUACGCUGGGCGCGCUCUCCAACAUGUCGCUCCACUCCGAGUACCCCCAGCUGAUCCUCCAGCACCUGCACGUGGAGAGGUUCCUCAUGAUCUUGCUGUCCGGCACCACCAAGUCCAAGUUGCGAGGCAUCCGGCUCCUCCGCAACCUCUUCGUCUCUGAGAACAUGCGGAGGAGGAUAGCUCAGUUCCCGGGCGUCCUCAAGACGCUCCAGCGACUGCUCAAGGACAGCUCCAACGAGAUCCGACGUCGCGCCUCCGUCGUCCUCAGCCUCGUCUACGAGAAGUCGCAGCACGACCAGAACCGAGACGUCUCGAUGCUUGAGAAGAAGUUGAUGAAUCAGGACGUGGUGGACGAGGACCUGGUAGCCCCUAGCUCACUGGACGAGUCCCUUGAAGGUGCUCAGAUAGCGGUGGAGCUUGUCAGCAUCCAGCAUGCUACCUCCAUGGACCUCAGCGACUCUGCGUCUGCCCAGCUCUCCCAGAGCUUCUCGGCCGUGGGGACGCCGAUCCAUGUAGAGAUGAAGGAAAAGAGCAUUGGGAGGCCCUCGCUAUCCUCCGACCCUCAGGUCCUGGCGCACGCCAACGGCUCUCGGCAGACCUCAGCUGCGGCCCACCAGGGCGAUGCUGAGCCAGACUUGGAGGCUUACCUAGCACACGAGAGCAGGCUCCUUCCUUGGCAGCCCUCCGCUCAUCGGAGUGCAGAGCCAUGGCAGGAGGGCAGCAACGGUCUGUCAUGGCAGGAGGGCAGCAACGGUCUGUCAUGGCAGGAGGGCGGCAACGGUUUGCUUUCCUCCCCGUGGCCUGACGUCCCUGACCUCCGUACAGGGGAGAAGCAUGCGGGGAUGGCGAGGAAGGACUCUCCUGUCUACAUCAGCGCAGGGAGGAUCUUUCGGUCCUCCAUCGACGGGGAUAGUCUGCUCUGCCCCAACACCUACCUCAACAGGCUGAUAGUCACCCUCCUCAGCACUCAGGACGGGAGCAACCUGGUGGGAGCGGUUGAGGAGCUGCAGAAGCUGUUGGCCAGGGAGAACCCUCGUAGAGGAGAGGUCCAGGAGUACCUGGGGUCGAGGCCGAAGCUGCUGACUGUCAUCGGACACCUGCUCCGGGACGACCCGAGGAGGCAGAAGUGGGAGGCGGCGCAGUUGCAGUUCCUUGACAAGCAGCUGCUCUGCCUGCUCAAGGAGAUCUGCGAGGGCAGCGCCACCAACGUCAAGCGCUUCGCGUCCAACACUGCGGCAGUGCUGGCGGUCCUUCACGUGCUGAGGAGAUGUAGAAUGAUCAACCACCAGAGCUCGUCCUGGCGGGCGUCGGAGCUGGACGUGGAGCUGGAAGAGAAGCGAAGCAUGGCGUCGGUCAUUCUCGCCAACUGCUUCUUGGAGGACGAGGACUGGGCGAGCCUGGGGAACUCCCGCAAGGGGGAGCACAUGAAGCAUGAGAUUCAGUGGCGCUAUGGCUCGGGGCCCAUCGUCGAGUGGCUCGUGUGA